AUGGUAACAUACACUCUGAAGUCCGAAGUUCUUCCACAGCCCACCGAACUGAGGGACAAGGGGGAGCUGUCCAUGGCUGAUUCUGUGAGCCAGCCCAUCACAGAAGGCUCGCAGUCUAAAGUAACAGAUGAAGCUAUUAAGCUGGAGGGGUUGCAUCGCCUGCUCAAGGUCAUCUGUGAGCUUCUUGCAGGGUGCUCAGUGCAGACAGGAGGUGCCAGCCGAAAGCAGGUCACUGGCGGGGCUAGCAGGGUCAGUAUUUCUUCACCCAAAUUAUGCAGCCAAAAGAUCAAAAAUGAAGCAAUGGAUAACGAGAGAAAACAAAUAGAACAAAGAGGUCCCCCUACAAAACAGUUCCCUGUAAAGGGAAAUGAACAACUGAGAGGAGGGAAGAACAUUUUGCCAUUGGCUCCUGAGGGAGUCCGGAGACAAAGAGACGUGCCGCAGCCGCCGCUCGGGCCCCGCCUGUCCGCCUUGCUCGCGGGGCCGCGGCCGCCUGAGGAUUGGACCGUGUCAGGCAUUGCCCUCAGCAGACUUGCCCAGGAGAGGAAGGCGUGGAGGAAAGACCACCCGUUUGGGUUCGUGGCCGUCCCGACCAAGGACCCCGACGGCACUAUGAACCUCAUGAACUGGGAGUGUGCCAUCCCUGGGAAGAAAGGGACUCCGUGGGAGGGAGGCCCGUUCAAGCUGCCGAUGCUCUUCAAAGACGACUACCCCUCCUCACCCCCGAAAUGUAAAUCCGAGCCGCUGCUAUUCCACCGCAACGUGUACCCCACGGGCACCGUGUGCCUGUCCAUCCUGGAGGAGGACAAGGGCUGGAGGCCGGCCAUCACAAUCAAACAGAUCUUGUUAGGAAUACAGGAACUGCUAAAUGAACCAAUUAUCCAGGACGCAGUCCAAGCAGAGGCCUACACGAUUUAUUGCCAAAACAGAAUGGAGUAUGAGAGAGUUCGAGCACAAGUCAAGACGUUUGCACCGUCAUAAACAGCCCCGGAUUAAGGAGAAGGAAGGGAUUGGUUUGGCAAGAACUUGUUUACAACACUUUGCACAUCUGAGGUUGCUCC